ACUUGCUCCCAAGUCUCGUCCCACGUGUCCCCAUCUCUCUCUCUCUCUCCUCCUUCCCCAAAAACCAGUGUAUGUGACCAGUCCUCCUCCUUCGUUUUAGAGAGACGAAGCAGAGACUCUACACCUCCGACCGCGCCCUCUCCACCCGUCAUGGAUCCUCGCGUCUGUGGUGUCUCCGCCCUCCUCCUCCUCCUCCUCCACCUCCUUCUCCCUCCUCUCUCCUCCGCAUUGCCCCACCGCCCCUCCUCCAACUCCACCGCCGGCCAGAUCAACUCCAACUCCGUCCUCGUCGCCCUCCUCGACUCCCACUACACCGAGCUCGCCGAGCUCGUCGAGAAGGCCCUCCUCCUCCAGACCCUCGAGGACGCCGUCGGCCGCCACAACGUCACCAUCUUCGCCCCCCGCAACGACGCCCUCGAGCGCGACCUCGACCCCGACUUCAAGCGCUUCUUGCUUGAGCCUCGCAACCUCAAGUCCCUCCAGACCCUCCUCUUGUUCCACAUUGUGCCCAACCGAAUCGGCUCCCACCAGUGGCCCGCCCCUGAUUCCGGCCCCGCCCGCCACGCUACCCUCGGCUCCGACCACGUCCACCUCACCUUCGCCAAGGGCUCCGGCCAGAAGGCCGUCGACACGGCCGAGGUCGUGCGCCUCGACGACGUCGUGAGGCCGGACGGCGUCAUCCACGGGAUCCAGCGGCUCCUGAUCCCCCGCGCCGUCCAGGAGGACUUCAACCGCCGGAGGAGCCUCCGGUCGAUCUCCGCCGUCCUGCCGGAGGGCGCUCCGGAGGUCGACCCGCGCACCCACCGCCUCAAGAAGCCCGCGCCGCCGGCCCCGGCUGGUUCCCCACCGGCGCUUCCCAUCUAUGACGCCAUGGCCCCCGGCCCGUCCCUAGCCCCCGCGCCGGCGCCGGGCCCCGGCGGCCCGCGCGGACACUUCCACGGCGAGGCCCUGGUGAAGGACUUCAUCCACACGCUCCUCCACUACGGGGGUUACAACGAGAUGGCCGACAUCCUCGUCAACCUGACGUCGCUGGCGGUGGAGAUGGGGCGGCUUGUGUCGGAGGGGUAUGUGCUGACCGUGCUGGCCCCGAACGACGAGGCCAUGGCAAAGCUGACGACGGACCAGCUGAGCGAGCCAGGCGCGCCCGAGCAGAUCGUGUACUACCACAUCGUCCCGGAGUACCAGACGGAGGAGAGCAUGUACAAUGCGGUGCGUCGGUUCGGGAAGGUGCGGUACGACACUCUGCGGCUGCCGCACAAGGUGGUGGCGCAGGAGGCGGACGGGUCAGUGAAGUUCGGCCAAGGGGACGGGUCGGCGUACCUGUUCGACCCGGACAUUUACACGGACGGAAGGAUCUCGGUGCAGGGGAUCGAUGGGGUUCUGUUCCCACCGGAGGAGACGGAGACGGCGCCGGCGAGUAAGACGGUGGCCGAGAAGAAAGUGGUCAAGGCUGUUGCCAAGCCCAGGAGAGGGAAGUUGAUGGAAGUAGCAUGCAGUAUGCUUGGAGCUUUUGGGCAACAUUCUCAAUUUUCCUCAUGUCAAUAAAACAAGUAAAAAAAAUAAUUUUUUUUCUUCAAUUAAACUCUUCAAGGAGGAAAGGCAAAAGCGUGUAUAUGGAGAAAGGUGAAAGCCCAACUCUUUAUUGAGAGGACAAAAAGAGUGUGGUUCUGAAGCUUUGUGUGGGGUUUCUGAGAGCAUCUGUGAAUUAUUUGAUGCUGCAGGAUGACACUCUGGUGGUACAGUGGGAUCCAUAGAUGGGGCUGAGACAUAAAAUGGGGUUCAGAGAUUUUCUCAAACCAUAAAGUAGAAGACGAUGAUGUUUUCCACCCUUUCAUUUACUGGAAAUUUAAUACUGUAAUUACCCAAAAAUCGGAAUUUUUUUUUGUGUAAUUAUUCUUGUGUUGUCACACUGCCACUGCAAAUCCAUGGGCACCAUUCUUGUAAGACUGUCCGUGUUCCUUUUUGCCUGGUAAUUAAUGUACUAAACCUGUCGGUUCCAUGGAAAUUAUAUGAAAAAAAAAAUAUUGCUUCCUA